AUGUAUCUUAUGGAGAAGUCAGCCCGAGGUCGGUAUCCCGACGAGGCUCGAGGCUUUCCAGGCCUGGCAAGAGUGAGACGGACGUCGACAGUCCCGUGCGAGCCGGGUCGGAAGCAGGCGGUUCAGUACGGACGGGUGGGGUGUCUGGAGUUCUGGGUCGUCAAGUCAGGCGCAGGAGCCGGCGAGAGCUGCAUGCGGGCGAGACGCAUCCAGAUGGACGAGAGUUUGGAGUUUGGCGGACAACCAAGACCAGAGCGUAGAAGUGAUCCAAGUGAGGGCGAAGUUGAGCCAGCGGGAAAGGAGGAGGAGGGGAAGGAUGGUGCCUGUCGCACUCGAGUCGGCGGGGAGUCUCUUGUCCUUCGGCGGGAGCGUUCGUUUGCCGUCGACGGCCCUCAGCCUGGGGCCUCAGCAUAUGGCGGAUGUCCUCUGUUUGUCACGUACAGCUGCACCGUGUCUCGUCCGUACAAGGCCGGUGGUUCAUGA